ACCUUCCACCAAAAAUACUUUCGCCUCCUUCUCCAUUAUUAAACUCAAAAUCUCCACUUUGAACAAUGGAGCCUGGCACAAUUUUAAAAAAAUGACAGCCUUUAUAACUAAGAGAAAUGUUAAAGAAAAUUUGAAUUGUCCGCCCCAUAGAAAAUUACCUGGUCGAAAUUUUUUUGUAGACCCAGUAACAACAGAGUCCAACACUGUUUCUGUUGCCAUUUAACAGAAUUAACCGAUGACGCAUCUCCGUUAGAAUCUAAUGAACCAAUUGAUACUGAUGGCAAUAUACAAACAACAAAGGAUCAUACCUCUGAAGAAAAUCAAAUAAAAUCCAAUGAGAAAACAAAAAAAAGUCGUCAUGGAAAAAAAAGAAAAACGACUAGUACUUCAGCAAGCCAUGUGAUGGCACGCAAUUUCAUCGAUACAGAAGCUUUAGUGGAAGAUGAUGACGAAGAAGAUGAAUCGGAAACUGAAGAGUUAAAGCAGUUCUCAGACGAAAAUGAUCUUGAACCUGAUGAUGAAGUUGGGUCGGAUCAUUUAAAACGCAGAAAAAUAGAUGUUGAUUUGCCUUCGAGAAAAGAGUAUCGUGGGUCCAAAACACAUUUACAAACUACUAUUGGGGAUUUAGAAAGAAGGUAUCAAGAUCAAACAGGAACGGAUGACGAAGUUCCCGUUUCAGAGGAUGAUGUCGAUUAUGAUUCAGAGCAUCAAGAGGAAGAUGGAAUUCAUGAAACCUAUCGUUAUCAGGCACAUGAUUCAUCAGCGUUAUUCCUUGAUGCUAAAAAUGCUCACUUAUGGAAAAUAAGAACAAUUAAAGGAGUCUCCUCACAAGAUGUUGUGAUUGGAAUUAUGAAUAAAUGUAUGUGCAUGAAAAAAAAAAAAAAAAGCUUUCCUCUACUUUCUGCGUUUGCGCCAAAAAAUAUAAAAGGGCAUAUUUAUGUUGAAGCUUCCAAUCUUGCACAAAUUAAACGAGCCCUUUAUGGAUUGAAAAGUUUGAUAUUAUCAAGUAUAAAAAUCGUUCCAGUAGCGGACUUGAAUAAUAUUUUUGGUAUGGGUGAACAAAGAACUAAACAAGUACAUCGUCAUGAAUUGGUGCGAAUUCGAGGAGGAAUUUACGCGAAUGAUUUAGCUCAAGUCACAAAUGUGGACGACAGUAAUACCAACGUUUGGGUUCGACUUGUUCCACGUAUCAAUUUGACUGAUUUAUGUGAACCAAAAGCCGAACCUAUUCAAAAAAAAAAACAAAUUGUUGCAAAUUUAUUGUUAAGAGAAGCGAUUGAAGCCAAAGGGGGAACGAUUGAUCCUGGGCCUCAUUAUGGAACGUUUCGUUUUCAAAAUAAAUUAUUCACGGAAUCGGGUUACUUAAUAAAACAUGUUCUUAAAAAAAUGCUUAUAACAGGAGCACAAGUUGCUGUUACAGAUGAAGAAGUGAAAGAGUUUGGUAAAGGAUUACUUACUGGAAAUGAUGAAUAUGGAAGUUAUGAUGAUUUACUUGCUGCGGUUCCUCAUGCAAAGUUACCUAUUUAUAAUAUUGGGGAUAAUGUUUUGGUUCAUUCUGGAGAUAUUGCAGGUGUUACGGGAUGUGUGGUUGCAGUGAACGGGAAAACUGUGAACGUUCAAUUGGACGAUAAAUCUUUUCAAAAUGAAAUCUCUGUUGAAACCCACUCCUUAACAAAACUUUUCAAAGUAGGAGAUUCAGUGAAAAUCGUUGGAGGGCAGCAUAAAGGAGCGUCAGGUUUAAUUACAUCGGUAGACCGAGAAAAAACAACCGCUGCUGUUUUUUAUCCAACAUUGGGAAAACCUUUAAAAUGUUUUUUAAAUGAUUUACAAAUCUGUUCAGAUAUUAGUAUAGCUACGACAAGUACUUUAAGCGGGUUUUGUGUAGGAGACUUUGUGCAGUUAAGUGAACAAGAACCUGCUUUAAUAGUUCGUAUUGAUACGGGUGGAGCUUUUGUCGUUUUAACAAUUCAUAAUCAAAUCCACGCUGUCCCAUUGUCUCGUGUAACGUCGAAAUGUUUCAAUGAAUUCGCAGUAUGCGUAGAUCGUCAUAGAUAUAAAUUUGGUAUAAAAGCUGUUGUGACAACGGUGCUAAAUGGAAAAAAAAUAAGUGGACGUGUGUGCCAUAUAUGGAAAAAUCAUGUUUUUUUAAAACUAAACACAAUAGAAGAAGGACAUUAUGGAUUUAUGGUUUGUGAUUCAAAGGAUGUAUCGGUGAGGGCUGCUGAUACAACACAACAAGAUCAUUUGUCUUGGCAAAAAACCUCCACAUCACAACGACCUUCAUCCUCAAAUUACAAUACACCACACCAUUCAAAUUUCAGAAAGCUAGGUCCACGAGGAGGCCGCCAAUGGGUUGGAAAUCGUGUACGUAUCAUUUCUGGUAGAAAUAAGGGAUCCUUUGGUGUCAUUUUGGCAACAGAAUCCGGUGGUCGCUUACGAAUCCAGUUAUCACAAAAUGAUAUUGCUGCUUGUUUCACCCGCAACGAGUUGAUUAUUUUAGAUGAAAACGACCAUAAGCGUAAAGGAAGAUAUUCUGAUGCACGCUCAGCAGAAAAGGAUACAAGCCAGUGGUCUAACUAUUUUCAAGAUGUUCUGUUAUCUACAAAAAGCUCAUCUCGUUAAAAAAAAUUGUUUUCCAUGUUCCUAACAAAUGUUUUAUAUAAUUUUUAACAACACAUGUUGUUUUUACUGUAAAAGAGUUAUUUAAAUCUGAAGUAAACUAAUAUGUUCUCUUAUUACAUUUUAGUUUUUGUAAAAGUUUCUGUGACAUCAGCAUAAAUUCACAUGAUUCUUCUAACUUAUGCAAGGGGGCUAGUACUCGUAAAAACACAACUGCACUAAAUUCUUUCUGUUGUACUUCUAAUUAAAGGUGUACUCUACAACUUUCUUAAAGCUUAGUAAAUUUUCCAUUAUAACAUAUACUGAUCCUGUCUCACGUCAUUUUUUUUAACACAGUUUUUUUUCUACCUUGUUCUAGUAAUUGUCAUGAUGGAACAUUCAAACGUAGUCAUACCUCGAGUUAAUUUACAAAUGCUCCCAAAAUUUAUAGGAAAGACAGUUCGCUUUAUUGGUCAAGUUUCAUCUUACGACUCUGAAAAAUACACUUUGACUCUACAUACAAACUCAGAUUUAUCAUGUCUCAAUGUAUCUCUUACGGAUUCUAAUUUGUGCUUAUCACCUAAUGAUUAUGUAGAAGUUUUUGCCAAAGUCAUUUCAGCUAUCCAAUUGAGUCAAUAUGGAGGGAUAAUAAACUUAGGAAAACACUUAGGUAAGAUAUGUGUUUUAGUUAAUCUAGUAAGCUCAAAUCUGUUAGAUAUGGACCUUGUUAAUGAAGCUAUUAAGUUGUCUUGGCAUAGUCGUUUUCGUCAAUACUUUCAGCCUUUGUGUGACUCUAUAGAGCAGUGAUUUUACGUUUGCAUCAUAAUCCCAUAAGAACCAAUCAGUUUUCAUACCCAAUUCUACAUCCUAAGACACACAUCACAUUUGAAUAAUAUGUACAAAUUUACAUUUUGCUUUAUCGUCCCCAAAAAAAAAUUAUUUAAGACAUGGCUGCGCACGAUAAAAAAUACUUAAACAGUAUCCGUUUUACCACCUUUUGUUCUACUAAACCAAAAUUUUGUUAAAGUAUAAUAACUACACAAUGUCUCAAUAAAUUUAAUAAGGAAAAGUAGCUGAAGACAACUGUUUCUCAUUGAGAAAAGGUUAUCUAAUUCUAUUUAACGUAAAAGUGAAAAAAGGCUAUCUAAUUCUAUUUAACGUAAAAAUGAAAAAAGGUAAAAAAAAGUUUUGUUUUUAUAUGCUGAUGUAAUAUUUUGUGAAAAAAAGCGAUGAAGAAGGAAAGAUAAAAAUGAUUUGAUAAUUGAUUUAGUUCGUUAGUAAGUUAUCAUACUUUUCUUAGUUUAGAAAUAAGUCAAAUGUUAAUAUGCACAAAGUGAUUUUUAUUCACAGCUUUGUUUGUCUCCCGUCUUAAAAAGAUCAAAGUAAAUAAAAAAAUCCUGCGAGAGUUCGAGUGAUGUAGAGAAGCGUUUAGAGAAGCUUUAUUCAUAAAAUAGUUCAUCAUUUUUAUAUAUGGUUAUCUAAAAUACCAUUAUGUAUUCAUUUUUCAGUUUAAGUGCAGAACUUUCUGUUUUUGUUUUUAUUUUUUAUACAUGCUCUUUAUCGCUAAACACACAGAAAGGCAGCAUAAAUUUAUUUGUUAACUCUUUACCCGCUACUACAGGAAGUACUAGCUCAAGUGAAACUAAAACGGUUGUCAUUCGUAAUGAAUACGCUGAUAAUAUUCCAGAAAGUACCACCACAAGCAUAAGAGUCAGUUCUGGAGUUAGGAAUAGAACUGUAUCAUGUCCUUCUGGUUUUUCUAAGCUAGGGAAACAAUGUAUUAAAACGACAAGACAGGCCGCAACAAUUGCAUGUCCUAGUGGAUAUACUUUAUCUGAUGAAAAUACUUGUAAUCGUUACUUCAGUCGAGAAUAUGGAUGCCCAACUGGGUAUGACCCCUAUGAUGGUGUAUGUAGACGAUCGCAAACCGCUCCGAUCUUUUAUGAGUGUCCAGAUGGAUACUUCAUGAAAAAAGAUGCAGAUUACUGCGUUAAAACUUCUCAGCGUGCAAACGUUGAAGCAUGUCCUUCUGGUUCCAGACAAGUUGGCGACAUGUGCGUCAUUGAAAGCGUAGAAGUUCCUGAAACUAUAUGUCCUGAUGGAUUCACGCUUGAUGUGGGGGAUUGCGUUAUUGAAGAAAUUUAUGAUUGUACGCCAGACUUAACAGGACCUGCUGAACAAAAAGUUUAUGAUUUAUCAAAUAAGUAUGGUUUUCACUCAUUUUCUUAUAAUUUAACUAAAUUGGAUACCGACGUCACUGAAAACGAAACGUUUUCAACAGAAACGGAAAGACCCAGCAUAUCAAGAUUUAGUCGAUAUCGUCCUGAAAUGGGAAAUGAUCGUCAGCUUUCAAAGUUAAUGCCCAAAAAAGGAGGCCAGUUACGCCGUGGUAUUCUUACAUAUACUGUUGAUAUGCAGCCGUCAAAUGCCGUUUUUGAAAAAGAAACCGUAAUCUCAUCUUCAUCAUCGACAGUUGAAGCUUGUCAGGGCAAUGAUGAAAGUUGUAAAACUACACAAGAUUCUUCUCCCACCACUGUUACAUCACAAACAAGAAUGAUUCCGAUGGGAUAUUCAACCUAUGUACUUAGUGAUAAUUCUGACGAGACUACAGUGACUACUGAUUCGACAAUCACUGAUACGACAAUCACAGAUUCGACAAUCACAGAAACGUCUGAGGAGACAGUUAAUACACAAAGAAACACUGUCAAUUUGACAAACUCCAUAGCUACAGCUCCUUUUUCUGCAAAAAACGACUAUGUUUACGAAGACUAUGUUUUAAAUUCUAUGUGUAGUCGUAUUCGCCGGGAACCAGCUCACAAUAUUUGUCCACGAGGUGUCUUAGAAGGAGAUGUAUGUCGUCUGACAACUGAAGUAAAAUCAAUUGCUGUUCCAGGAGGUAUUUUAGAAGAGAAAAUCAGCCCGACUCCUAGAUGUCCUCCAGACUAUAGCCGAGAAAAUUUGGACAGCGAUAUAUGCAGUAUAUAUUAUGAUAUAGCCAUGAAUUUCUUUUGUCCAACUGGAACUAUAGACCUUACUGAUCGAUGUUUGAUGCAAACUAGAAUCACGUAUAUUUGCGAUGCUGGAUUCGAGUUAGAAAACAAUAGUUGCGUUCAAAUCCAGUUUGCUGAACCGCUUCUCGAAUAUGUUGUCAGUUAUUCUUGCACAGGGAAAAAUUGUGACGAGGCCAACAAUUCAUUGUAACGUGGUCUAAAUCAGUUUUCUUUUGUAACUAUAUUUUAAAUACUUAUCGUAUAUAAGUAUAUCUACAUUUCGAUUUCUUUUACAUGCACCCCUUUUCUUUUGACACCGAAGUUAUAAGUAAAAGAUGGCUUUAUAGUGAAAUAAUUUUUUUCUAUUAAAAAAUUUCGCUUUAACAAAAAAAAGUCUACGCCCACUGAUGAGUGUGAUUUACAUAUUUAUAA